AUGCCUUUGAUGAAAGCACACGGUGUUCGUGCAAAGCCUUUUCAUUUGCGAUAUCUGGAAUUGUGCAAAAAUAAGAAUGUUCUUCCAUUACAAGAAGUUAAAGCAAAAAACAAGAAUUAUAGUACAUUGGAUUUUUUCGCGGAUCGUGUUAAGCUUGAUGAUUGGAGUCCCAUUCUUAAUGCUCUUUACUAUGAUACAUCAUUACACUAUGUAGCAAUAAAAUUAAGAAAAAAUAAUUCGAAUGUAUUGGAGAACGUUAAUUCAAUUAAAAGAGCUCGUAAGAUCCAUGGAACUCCUAUUUUGCUUACGAAUCAUAUUUUCACGCAAUUUGUUUCUACAAUAAGAAGUUUCAUGCAAAAUAACGAACAUUUAACGACUUUAUUGCUCGAGGGAUUGCCAUUGAAGGAUAAUUACAUCGCUUGCAUCGCUAAUGGAUUGUCUGAAAAUCAUUCCAUUAAGAAUUUGAGUUUUGCUCGAAGUGCAUUGGGAGAUAAUGGAUGUGAAAAGAUUUGUUCGAAUAUAAAGAUAUUGACAAAUAUUCAGUGUUUAAACAUGUCUCAAUGUUCAUUGACGGCAAAAGGCGCAAAAUGUAUCGCAGAAUUGCUAAACUAUCAGAAAAUUAUUCGAUUCGGUAAAGGAUGGGAAAGUACUUUGCGUUAUCGCACAAUCGAUCCUGAUACUUUGCCCGGCUUGAAGAGAAUUACAAUAAAUGGCAAUCAGAUACACGAUGAAGGAGUUUAUUUUAUCAUGGAAGUCUUGAAAGAAGAUGUUUGGAUUAAAUCGAUUGAAAUGCAAAAUUGUGGCUUAACUGACGAUGGAGCAAAGAUGAUUUUGGAUUGUCUCGAUUACAAUAAAACAUUGUUAAUGGUAGAUAUUGACGGCAAUAAUAUCAUCUCAACUGAACUUGUGCAUAUGAUAAAAGUUCAAUUAGGCAUGGAUGUAGAUGAAAUGACGUCGGAGUCUGAAGAUAGCGGAUCAUCUGAAGCAAAAGUUUCUGUUCAACAAUUAAAGGAAAAAAUCAAACUUUUGGAAUGCCAAUUGCAGAAUGAACGUAUCUGUUCAAGAAAAAUUGAAGAACUGAAUGAAGGUUUGCGCACACAAAAUAUUGAAAUGCAGAAAAAAAUGGAAUCAACCGAAGCUUUCUCAAUUCCUGAUGGUUUUACAUUGAUCGAAACAGCUUAUUUAGAUCAUUUAAUUGAACAUCAACGAUCGCCAAAUACACAGAAGAACGACAAUAAGGAUGUUUGUAAGAAAACUAAACGUGUCGAUAAAGCACGAAGUGAAAUAGUUCAAAAGAAAGCUCGAGUAAUUGAAGGUUCACAAUCUGCUUUUGCGAGAUUCCCAAGUGCAGAACGCCCAUUAGUAUCUCCGCGAAAACUAACAUUUGUUGAGAAAAAUAUCGGAGAUACAUGUAACAACAUUUCUGAACCUUGCGAAGAAGAUAUUUUAAAAAUAUUCAUGAAGAAACGUUCAAGCCUGAACGACAGUCAAGUAAUUAACGUCGAUGGAGAUCCAGAGGGAAAUGAAUAUUAA